AUGUUAGACUCUGAGUUACAUCUUAUACAAAAAUGUUCCUCGAACAACUCUGAGUUACAUAUUAUCGAAAAAUGUUCCUCGAACAGAAUACCGAAACAUUUAAAAUGCUACUGCAGCGAAAGGUGUUGCGGCGAAAUUUCUAAGAUUAUCUCGCUUAACUUCAACACGCCGUUAGCCAGUGAGCAUAGGUCCUGUGGCAUCUCAUUCUGUAAUCUGACCGAAGCGAGGCUAAUUCUGAUGGCGUCGUCAGGUUCACCAAAGGAAUCGAUAGCAUCAAGGUUGGGGUCGGCGGGGGAGCCAGAGAAGGAGGCCACGCAAGUAGAGCUGGACCUGGCCGUUCAAGCCGUGGCGGGUACUUGGUCCAACCCAACGCCCCAACAGCAUCGUCUGAACAAGAAGGGCUGUGUUCAACUCCAUUUUGCCGUUCCGGAGGAGCUCUGCGACCGCCUCCGGAAAGCGGCGCUGGUUAUCCCAGCAAAGGAAUGGCAGCAUUUGUUUGGCAAGAACGGUAUGGAUAAGUUACUGGACUUUUUUCCGGACUCCGAACCUCGCAAGAUGAUUUUCAUCAAGUCUCUUCCUGGUGGCGACGAGCAGCCGGCACAUCGCGACUACUCUGCCAUUCCGGCAAAUGAAGACUUGUAUGAUUAUACCCGCCUUCCAGGCUCCGUGAUUGUAGCUAUCGAUGAUGGGAGCUUUAUCUAUGGCUAUGGCUGGAACCGUCAACUGGCUAUGGAAAGUGAAAAGGAAAAGAUUCAGAUUCAGAAAGGAAACGUUUUGCUGUUUGGAGCGGACUUUAUCCAUGGUGGCGGUGACUACAAGAAGUUAAAUAUUCGUGUUCAUUUUUCCCUGGAUCCUCGUCAUCUGGACGGACGAAUCGUGCGCAAGGACAACAGCGUCGACCUAAUCCGAGUAAUCCCCAAGAAGCUUCCCCUGAACGAGAAAGCUGCGACAGAGUGCGAUGUGUUUGGCUACAACAAGCAGUUUCCGUCGGCACCGGCCAUGCGAAAGCAUCGCCGAAGCAAGCAUCGAUUCCUCUACAAAAACUACCCCACAACGAUCACGCAGCCACCACGUGCAAAGGACACAAAACGAGCCGGUAAGACCGGCACACCUCCUCCAAAGCGUCGAGCUACAUCAAGUCAGGGCAAUCCAGAUUCGGGUCUGGAGAGAUCAUCGGUGGGGGGGGUUGAAAAGUCCCGUACUCCUGACGAGUUCGAGGAGAAGGCCCCGGUACCAGCCCGCAUCGCGUCUGACAGUGGUAAGAGGAAAACGGCUCGCAAGAAAGCAGUAGGCAAGCAUCAGCCUAAGGCUUCGGUAUCAAGUGGAACGACGCAGAAUAGCAUCAAUAGGAAGAAGAAUGAAUCGAUCCAGACUUUCACGGACACACUGAAUGACUUGCACCGCGCGUCCAGCUCCGACGUCAGAGAGAUUGCGAAGUGGCUGGUCACCUCGCUGCAUGAGCUCCUCGGCCCUAGCGGAAGCAUCGGUAGAUCAGUAUGGAGAGAUUCACAGCUAGACAUGUAG